AUGUCAAUAACUGUUUCGACCUGUCAACAGAUUUGCCAAUCACCUUUAAACCUUAGUCCAUCGAAGAAUCUAUGGACAUUCUCCAAAUCAGAGAGAUUUGGCAAAUUAGCCAAUCCAGUAUUGUAACUGAUUCUGAUCUCAAUUUUAGUUGCUAAUAAGCCUUUUACAAUCUUCCUUCAAUGAUUGAAAAAAGAUCAGCUGGCAUCGGCAAAGGCAAUAAGUACAAUUGAAAUAUAAAAUACAGGGUUGACUUCACCAAAGUAGUUGUUCCAAGUCCAUCUCCCCAACAAUAUGAUUUAGGCAGUGAUGUCUAAAAUAAUUAGAAAAAGAAUAAAGGAUUUAAAUUUGGAAUGAGUAGAGAUAAAAUGGCCAGUACAGGCAUAUUGGGAACCUUAAAUCUCAAAACUCCAGGUUACAACUCUUCAAUUUACACCUUUAGCUCCUGGAACCUAUGAUUUAGGAACUACCUUAAGCGAUAUAAGAUACACAAUGAGGCCGAAACCAUAGAAAAGCUCUUUAAUUUCCAAUGCUAAAGUUCCAGGACCAGGAUAAUAUGAAUCCUUACCAGCUAUCAAUGAGAAGGGGAGAUAUCCAAUAUCAAAAUACAACAAUUCAUGUGCCACUUUAUUCAAUCCAAAAUCCUCAAAGAGAUUUACAACUGAUUAUUGUAAGAAUGAGUACCUCUCUUAUUUUUAUAGCCACUAAAGUACCUGGUCCAGGACAAUAUGGACUUGAUAAGACAGGAAUCUAAUAAGUAUUAAAGUUUAAUAAAUAUAUAGGAUGGCAGAUAUUUUGUAUCUAAAUUCCAUGAUUCAAAUGUGAGAAGCUUCCCAAAAGAAGCAAGAAGAACAGGUUCUAAUGAAAAACGUAAAUAAUUGAUUAAAAUCAGAUCAAACCCCUGCACCUGGAAAUUAUAGAUUGCCAUCCGAGUUUGGCUAUUAUGAGGCCAGCAAAAGCGUUGGACACACUGAACCAAAAUGAACAACAAUAAUAAU